AUGUGGAACUUGACUCUCCCAGCGGGAUCGCCAGGGUUGGGUGCCACGGGAGAUGAUUUCAGAAAGAAGCUUAAACGAGUCGACUUUGUGGGCUCUUUUUUCCUCGUGAGCUCCUUGAUGCUUAUCUUGCUUGCGGCUUCUUUGGGCGGGAAAACUCUCGCUUACAGCUCCAAGGGCUUCAUUGGCAUUCUUGUUGUUGCCCUUGCUCUUUUGGUGGCUUUUGUCUACACAGAGAAGUACAUCUCGCUGGAGCCCAUUCUCCCCAUCGAUGUCAUGUUGGAAAGAACCGUCUUGUCCUCUUCCUUGGCCAAUUGGUUCUAUACCAUGGGCGUGUUUGCCUACUUAUUCUACGUUCCCUUGUACUUUCAGACCGUCAUGGACAUGUCGGCUACCCAGAGCGGUGAGCGGUUGGUCCCCAAUUUCUUUGCCAUUUCAACAGGUUCCGUUUGUGCUGGCCUCUACAUGCGCAAGACAGGUAAGUAUUACGCCAUCACCGUGCUGGUGGGCAUAUUGGCGCUCCUUGGCAUGACCCAGAUCUUGACCCUUAGCCGCUCUUCGUCCUUGUUUAAACAAUUCACCAUCAUGCUUCCUUCAGGUUUCGCAUACUCGUGUCUUAUCACAGUGACGUUGCUCUCGUUGAUCGCCUCUGUCCCAGCGAAGUAUCAGGCUUGCACAACGUCUAUUCAGUACACUUUCAGAGCUACAGGCUCCACUUUGGGUGUUUCUAUUGCCAGUGCCGUCUUCCAGGGAGUGACCAGGGCUCUGCUUUCAUCUACCAUCCGUGAUGUUAUCAAGGACCCAAAAUUGGCUAACAAGGUCCUCCAGCAUGCGCUUGACAAUACUAACUACGUCAAGGAAGUGGCCCCUGAGGUUGCUGAGGUGAUCAGGAACGCUUAUGAAAGAGGGUGCCGUGGAACCUAUGUGUUCAGCACCUUGACCAUCGCAAUUGGCUACGCUACCUCCUUGUUUAUGAGAGAGCAUGUGUUGCACACUUCUAUAGACCGUGACUAA